AUGUUGACGUAUGAUCCAAAGGCUCGAAUAUCGCCAUAUUAUGCUGUCCGUCAUCCGUUCUUGAGACCAAGAACUACUUCUCAAGGCGGGCAAUCUGCAGCUGCGGACAGUCCCACGUACCAAUCAUCAAGAACUGGUCAAGACAUGUGGGGCAGUCAAAUGGACUGUAGUGAGGAUGCUGCUGCCCAGUCAUUUGGGAAUUCUUCGACCGUGGCAUCCUCAACCCAACAACCGCCAGCUGCUACAGGACAACUACGACCAGCUGUAGACGAAACACCCCAGUUCGGCGGACACUACUCACAUUCUACGGGAGAUGUAUUUCGCCAACCAUCCGGUCCGCAGCCACAUCGGAAUCCUAGUUUUGACGAGACCCCCUCUCGGUUACACAACAAAGUGCGAACAUUUACCUCACAAGCAGCUCAUCCAAAUCAUCACAGUAACCUGCAAUACACGCAGGGUUUAUAUAAUUGA